AUGCGAGAACUUGAUCCUUUAAUAUCUGAGUACCGUCAUGAAAAGAAACGCCCCCGCGAGUCGGAGGCACUCUUCAUACUGCGCAAAGUCGCGUCCUUGGUCAAACCGAUCAUGCGACAGCGCGCCUGGAGAGUGGGUGCGCUAUGUGAAUUCUAUCCCCAACAGCGAAAUCUGCUAGGAUUGAAUGUAAACAGCGGCCAGAAGGUCUGCCUGAGACUACGGUAUCCAUCUGACCAGAAUCAAUUUCUCCCCAUCGAAGAGGUUGUGGAUACGAUGCUUCAUGAACUCUGCCACAAUGUAAUUGGCCCUCACAACCAGCAGUUUCAUGCACUUUGGAACCAACUUCGCGACGAACAUGAGGAACUCAUCAGAAAAGGUUACACUGGAGAAGGCUUCCUAUCUCAAGGAAAGCGCCUCGGUGGUCAAAGAAUACCAUUGGACGAAGCUCGACGUCAGGCUCGUGCUGCUGCUGAGCAGCGAAGAGUACUCGCCAAAAAUUCCGGGAAGAAGCUCGGCGGUGCCCCCGUUAUGCGGGGAACGGACAUACGCAAGCUCCGUGCUGAUGCUGCCCAGAGACGCACUGAAGUCACCGCGGGUUGCGCUUCCGGCACUGAUAGAAGCACAGAGCUUGCUGAAGAGGCAUCUAGGAAUGGAUUCAGGACCCAGGCCGAGGAGGACGACGCAAACGAGCGGGCUAUCAUGGAGGCAUUCAUUGAACUGAUACAAGAAGAAGAACGAGAAAAGCAUGGUUCUUCAUAUAUUCCACCCAGUCAAGAGCACCCAGCUGGACCUAGAACGGAAUCUUCACCGCCGCCUGCUGGGACCAAUACUCCACCUGCUACUUCUGAUACCCUACCUGUACUACCACAUAAAGCUCCAGCCGCUGGCCAGACCAAAGCGUCGAAUUCAAAAGCGGACAAUAGCUCAUACGACAGACCUUGGACCUGUCCAACGUGCACCCUUGAAAAUCCUUCCAACUUCCUAUGCUGUGAUGUCUGCGCAGCAGAACGCCCACCUCCGAUCAAUACCCAGCCAAAACAUGGAUCCAGCCCAGGCAGUAUCAACACAAGAGGGAAUACUCCUAAUCAAUCUUCGCGGUCGGUUUCACAGGGUUCAAUAAAACGAUCUUUACCUUCUGAUCAAGCAGAUGAUGACACGAAGAACCCUAAAAAUGCAUUUGCCUUCAAAAACCGCACCUACGCGAAGGAUUCCCUCAAAAGCCUGGAUCAAGGUGUCAAUAAGAAACCGCUUGGAUGGGUUUGUACUUCAUGCGGCAGCUUUAUGGAAACACAGUGGUGGACAUGUUCCUGCUGUGGAACCAUGAAGCCAUCUUCCUGA